CCCCGGGCCGCCGCCCCCGCCCGUCUGCUCGCCCGCCCCUCGCCCCGGAGGGUGGAGACUCCGCCGCCCUCGGCCCAGCCGGCGGCCGCCGCAGCCAGCCCCGUGCCCGCUCCGUCCAGGCGCGGCGGGUAGGACAUCUGGAGUCUGCGGGUCCCGGCCGAGGUCUGAGGCACAACCUCCACCCGGUGCCCAGGAGAACCGUGCACAGCGGUGGCCAUCAUGCACCGCAGGAUCCGGCGGACCACGAGUCCCUGAGUUCCACCCUCCGCGAGUUCGAGCCAGGCCGCACCAUGAGCCACGGAGCGAGCCCCCGGCUGGCCGAGUCCCCACAGCUGUCCAAGGGCAGCCUCCUGACCAUCCUGGGCAGCCCAUCUCCCGAGCGCAUGGGCCCCGCAGACUCGCUGCCGCCCACACCGCCUAGCGGCGCGCCUUCCCCGGGGCCGCCGCCCGCCUUGCCGCUGCCUCUGCCGCUGCCGCUGCCGCCCGCGCCCGCGCUGCUGGCCGACGGGGACUGGGAGAGCCGCGAGGAGCUGCGGCUGCGGGAGCUGGAGGAGGCGCGGGCGCGGGCGGCGCAGAUGGAGAAGACCAUGCGCUGGUGGUCGGACUGCACGGCCAACUGGCGGGAGAAAUGGAGCAAGGUGCGCGCCGAGCGCAACCGCGCGCGCGAGGAGGUGCGGCAGCUGCGCCAGCGCCUGGACGCGCUCACCAAGGAGCUGGCGGGCGCGCGGCGGGAGCGCCAGGAGGCGCAGGGCGAGUGCGAGGCGCGGGGCCGCGAGCUGGCGCGCCUGCGGGGCUCCCAGGACGCCGCCGACACCCCGCCCGAGCCCGAGCAGGAGCCGGUGCGCGACGUGGGGUCCGGGUCCGAGAGCCAGGAGCUUGAACCCUGCUUGGAGACCCUGCUGAAGAGCAGACCUGAUGACCCCGAGGGCUGCUGGGAAGUUCGAGGUGUGGGGGCCGGGGCCUCACGAGGCAGCUCAGGCCGUCAGGAUCGCAGCCGGCUAUCCUGGGAGGACACAUCCACAUCCGAGGAAGAAGCCUCCAAGCUGACUGCCCUGCGGCUGCGGCUGGACGAGUCCCAGAAGGUGCUGCUGAAGGAACGAGAGGACAAGCUAGCACUGAGCAGGAACAUUGAGAAGCUGGAAGGGGAGCUGAGCCAGUGGAAGAUCAAAUAUGAGGAGCUGAGCAAGACCAAACAGGAGAUGCUCAAGCAACUCAGCAUCCUGAAGGAAGCCCACCAGGAUGAGCUGGGCCGCAUGUCCGAAGACCUGGAGGACGAGCUGGGUGCACGGUCCAGCAUGGACAGGAAGAUGGCCGAGCUCAGAGGGGAGAUGGAGCGGCUGCAGGCAGAGAACGCAGCCGAGUGGGGUCGCCGUGAGAGGCUGGAAACAGAGAAGCUGGGCCUGGAGCGGGAAAACAAGAAGCUGCGGGCGCAGGUUGGGGACCUGGAGGAGGCGCUGGCCAGGCGCCGACGACAGACAGCCAGCGUGCUGGACUGUGACCUACGGGCCAGCCAGGCUGCACUGUUUGAGAAGAACAAGGAGUUGGCAGACCUGAAGCAUGUACAUGGCAAGCUGAAGAAGCAAUUCCAAGAAAAGGUGGCAGAGUUGGCCCAUGCCAACCGGCGGGUGGAGCAGCACGAAGCCGAGGUGAAGAAGCUGCGGCUGCGUGUGGAGGAACUCAAGAAGGAGCUGGCCCAGGCGGAAGACGAGCUGGAUGAAGCCCACAACCAGGCACGGAAGUUGCAGCGGUCGCUGGACGAGCAGACGGAGCAGAGUGAGAAUCUGCAGGUGCAGCUAGAGCAUCUCCAGUCCAGGCUACGCCGGCAGCAACAGAAUGCCCCCCUCUUUGGGAAGAUCCGCAGUGCUCGAUUCAGUGCUGAGGAAGCCGGGGAAGGAGCCAGUGACCUGGAUGAGGAUGAGGACCUUCAGAUCCAGGUGGCUUAGAGCCUCCCAGCAGGGCAGGACCCUCCACAGCCACAGGUCCCAGUGCCCAGACCCAUCGGCCAUUGAACUGGUGCAGCCGCUGUCUGCCCUCUUCAGCUGUGGACCACUUCCUCCUCUCCCAGGCUGACCUCCAGGAUCCCACCCCACCAGUGACACCUGGAAGAGAAGCCAAGGCCCAUGUGUUAUGCACAUAUGUGUGUUGGGGCCCUCUACCCUUUCCGUUUCAUACACACAGGAUCACUCUAAGGCCUGGUCUGGGCCUCCCACCCACCCAGUGCCUUUAUGUCAAGUAAAGUUGGGUCCCCCCACUAGGCUGCCCUCUUUCAGUCUUACAGGGGGUGGUCACAGGGGACUGUGCAUGGUAUGCAAUAAACUCAGUCUUUUGUAGUAAAUGGA